CGCGCCGGCUGCCAAUCCCUCCUCCGCUCGCUCUCACAGCAACAACAUGCCUGCCUGCGAAGCGGCGGCUCGUGCAGGGGAGCGGGGCUGGCUCCAGCAGGAUUAUUAGCCCUGAACCAAGGGGAGGGGGGUGGAAACCCCCCCCCCCCCCAACCAGCAAGCGGAGGAGGAGGUGGGGGGCAAGGCAGAGACUCAGCCCUGCCACCCCCCCUUCUCCCCAGCAGACACCAAGCUCUCAGUGCGCUGGAGGAGCCCAGAGAGAGCAGCAGCCCAGCCAGAUUGGUGUGUUGGCUGUUUAAAGUCCCAAACACUUCAGGUCCUGAUGGGGGACUCGGGAUCAAGACGUUCGACUCUUGUGUCUCGACUGCCAAUAUUCAGGAGAAGUAUUAGUCGAAGACAUGACUCACUUCCUUCCUCACCUUCCUCAAUUAAUACUGUGGGUGUUCAUAGCUCCUCUCCCUCCAGCACCAACUCAAGCUCAGGUAGUACAGGCAAGCGAAGGAGUAUAUUCCGCACUCCUUCCAUCAGCUUCCACAACAAGAAGGGGAGUGAACAGAAAUCUGAAUCAGCAAGCCAGAAUGUAAGUGUUUCAAAUGGUGUUCAAUCAACUCUCAACAAUUUCCAAAAACCAAGCUUGGAAGAACAUGUUAAAAGCAGAGGGAGGCAUUCAGUUGGUUUCGGCAGUUCACGGAGCAAGAAGAUAACAAGAUCUUUGACGGAGGACUUUGAAAAGGGGAAAGAGCCAUCAACUAAUAAGAAUGUCUUUAUAAAUUGCAUACGUUCUGGAAAAAAUGAGGGCGAUGACUCUGGCUUUAUAGAGGAGCAAAGUAGACAAUCUAUUAAGGAAUCCUCAAGGAAACUUCUCCCAAAAUCUUUCUCAUCACACUACAGGUUUUCAAAGCCAGUCCCCCAGAGCCAGUCAGUUUCCAGUGUACAGCAGUCUGAAUGCUUGUUGGAGAUUAAACCAUAUGUUGAAAGCGAUCCUGUAACAAUAAAAUCCUCUCCAUCAUGUUCUGCUGAGAUAACAGAAUGUGCAGGAAGUUCGUUGCAAUCACCACAACUUUCUGCAGACCUCACCACAGUCCAGACCCCUUCAGAAUUUUUAGUCUUGACCGAAGAUUCUUUCUCAGAAGUUGACGUGGUGCCCAAUAGUGGAAACAUGGCACACCACACAGAGAACUUUGACAAUAAUAUUUCUACCUCUCAAAUUUUCCUCAGUCCUGUUGCUUAUGUGAGGAAAAUAGAUCAUGUCGAAAGUACUUCCCUGUCUGCUGUUAGAUCUCCUGUGAAUCAUACAAGCUUUUGUAGUACUGAAUCAAAAACCUUACCUAAAAAUACUGCUGCUAAUCAAACACAAGUAUUAUUGCAAGCCACUGAACUUCCUGUUAAAGAAGCCGAGCACAUAGGAGAAAUUAACUCAGCAUAUGCACAGUUAGAAACUUGUGCAUUACAUCAUGGAGAAAAAGCAGUCGAAUGCUCUCCAAAGGCAAGUGGAUUAUGUGAGGACCAACGUGAAAUAACGUUAUCUGAGUGCAUUAGAGAAACAUUUCCUGUAACAGAAUCAAAGAUUAUUCCUUCCUCCUUUGAAUCCCGAUCCUUUAAAACACAUCACUCUAAAGUUAAUCUUGCCAGUAGCUUCAGUCCCUACCGAGAAGGCAGAGUCAUAGAGAAGCGCCUGAGAUCCUCUUCAGAAGGCAAUGCUGGAAGCAGCAGGACGAUCUUAAAACCAAAGGACGGAAACACAGAAGAUCUUCAUAGCUUGCGGAAGCAGAGAGCAGGCUCAUCAUCUUCAAAAAUGAACAGCCUGGAUGUUCUGAAUAACUUGGGUUCCUGUGAGUUGGAUGAAGAUGACCUCAUGCUUGAUUUGGAAUUCCUAGAAGAGCAGCAUCACCAUCGUUCUGUUUGCCGGGAAGAUUCAUAUCAGUCCAUAGUCUCCUGUGCUGCCGUAGUACUUACACCUAUAGAACCACCUGGGGAAGCAAAGAAAAAAGAAGAGCCAAAAAUGCCUGAAGUGGCCAAACGGAACCUCUCUCUGAAGUUGUCAAAGGAGGUGGACCAAGGAGAAGCUAGGUGUCCUCAUGUCAGCCAGGUGGCCAGCAGUCCAGCUGUGGAGUGGCCUUUUGCAGGCCUGGAAGAAGGUGGAGGCAUGGAAUCUUUGCCCUUCCGACUGAUGAUGCAGGAUUGCACAGCUGUAAAGACGUUACUGCUGAAAAUGAAGAGGGUUCUUCAAGAGAGUGCAGAUAUGAGUCCUGCCAGUAGUACCACUUCACUUCCUGUUAGCCCACUUACUGAAGAGCCAGUGCCUUUCAAGGAUAUAAUGAAAGAUGAAUGUUCAGUGCUGAAGUUGCAGCUGAAGGAGAGAGAUGAACUCAUUUCCCAACUACGCGAGGAUCUGGAGAAAGCCCAACAUUUACAGAAGGCUUUUGCUUCCCAAGCAGAUAAAUCCACACAGACUGAACUUGUAGCCCAUGAUGCUACAUAUCUAAACAAAGUUGUGAGCCAAAACCUCAACACAAGGGACAGAAAGCCAGCACAUACUCCCACCGAGGACCCUUUUAGAUAUUCAUUGGGCAACCAAGCAACUACCUAUGAAAGCAAAAGCUGUCAGCUGUCAAGUUUGUGUCUGAGUAACCUCCUGAACGAUAAAGAAAUAGUGGAAGUCAUCAAGCACACGAGAGACACAUAUGAGACCCUCACUUCAGAGAUCACCCAGAAUGUUUUGGCCAGUGCUACACAAAGUACAACAAAGCCAACAUCCAAGACAGAGAGCUUCCCAGGGUUGGCUGCGGCGCCGAAGGAUCAGACCACUGCACCCCGGCAGCAUUCCACUUUCACGGGGAGAUUUGGACAGCCUCCAAGGGGACCCAUCUCCUUACACAUGUACAGCAGGAAAAAUGUUUUCCUCCACCACAACUUACACACUGCAGAGCUGCAGACUUUAGGCCAAAAAGAUGGCUAACUGAGUCCUUGUACUCUUGUUGUAGAAGGAGAUAAAGUCAGUUAAGGGGAUACAUUGCUCAUCUAGAGCUCAGUCUUAAGUUCUCAUCUGCUGCUACCUUUAAUUUUUUAAAUUUUAGCAUUGUGCAUGGGCUCGAUGGUUUCCUUGUUUCAGGAGGGUGGGGAUGGGGUGGACUAGCAUGUUAACUUAAGUAACUAGAUUGAAUUGUCUUGGCGAAGUCACCAUAUGUAUAAUAAAUGGGACCAUCUUGCUGGGAUCUCUAGUCCAAAAUAGGCCUAAUAUUUUUCUCAUCUUUUUGCCUCUGUCAGCCACUGACAACAUGGAAGUUUUCCAGCAGGGGAUCUCAAAUAGCGCUGUAUUUAUUGAAUAAUGUUACUGUGAAAGUAGAUGUGAGGAAUGAGUAGGUAAGUAAUUAGUAAACAUUCCUGAAUUGUACAGAGACAAGGGAGAUCAUGAGGCACUCUCUUAGUAUCUUGUUUUUGGUUUGUUUUUUGUUUCUUUGAACAAUGAAAUUUGCUCACAUAUAAACAAGAGAUGCACUGGCUUCUGUUGUGUGAAUUUUGAGAAUGCCUCAUCACACCAGUAGAAGAAGAGACGGCUUUUAAUUUUCUUCUAAAUGUUCAGUUCACACAGGUUCACCAAGGAUUUCAGACACAGUAAUUGGAAUUCAAGUUGAGAGUGGCAGCUUUGAUCCUCCAAAAACUUUGUCUUUUUACUUUUUUUGUUGUAUUAGGACAUCACAUUGUAGUGAUAUUUGUUCUAGUUUCAUAGAUGAUGUAUCACUCAUGCAUCGAACAGCACAGAAUAUCAUUCUGUGUCAUCAUCUCAUGUCAUGGCACAUUCCAGUGUAUCAAACUGAAAAUGGAUGGUUGACUAAAGUAAUUCCAUUGUCUUAUCCAGCUCUCUUUGGCUGAUGUCCAAAUUACUCUAAUGUAAAUCAGCAUGUCUCCAAGGGUACAUCUGUGGUUAAUGACCUAGAAUAGUUGAUGACCUGGAGUAACUCUGCAUGUUUGGUAGUCUAUUGUCAUAUUACACACCUGUUGAAACCCAUAUAUUCCUAGCUGACCUACAGCAUUCUAGUCUCAGAGGAACUUGAAGUAAUCUGAUCACACUGAAGAGCUUGCAAACGUGCCAUUGACAUAAAAUCCUGGUUGCCCCUUCCAACAGACAUGAAACUGAGUGGCUAAGACAAGAUAUGCUAAACAUGUGGCAUAUACAAAACUAGAUGCUGAGCCUAACAUGUCUCUGAUGGCAGGUAAUCUGUUUGAAUAAUAAGGCAUAUCAUAGUUAGCUGUUGAAUAACAAGAAUCUCCUGCAUUUCAGGGCAGAAGAAGCAGGCCAAUAAAUCUGAAUAAGGUAACCUAUCUUUUUAUUUAUGACUAAGUAUGGAGAGGAGGAAGAAGGGGUUCAGCAGAUCCUUACUCAAAGAUUCAAGUAACUAACAUACCCUACCAACCCAUAGAAAAUGAAACUCCUAAAGGUCAGCAGUCAAGUAAUGCACACAAUACCAUGUACUAGAACAGGGAUGGCCACCCUGUGGCUCUGGAGCCACAUGCAGCUCUUCAGAAGUUAAUAUGCGGCUUCUUGUAUAGGCACCAACUCCGGGACUGGAGCUACAGGUGCCAACUUUCCGGUGUGCUGGGGGGUGCUCACUGUUCUGCCACAGGCCCUGCCCCCGCUCCACCCCUUCCCGUCGCCUCCCAUGAGCCUGCAUUGCCCUCGCUCCUACUCCUUCGCCCCAAGAGCCUCCUGCACACCAUGAAACAGCUGAUCGGGAGGGAGGGGAAGGCACUGGGAGCCGGGGGGGUGGAGGGUGAUGGGGGGCUGCUGAUGUAUUACUGUGGCUCUUUGGCAAUGUACAUUGGUAAAUUCUGGCUCCUUUUCAGUCUCGGGUUGGCCACCCCUGUACUAGGGUAACAAUUACCAACAAUUAAACAUAACAUCUGCCUAGCCAUGCAAUCCAAGCAAUCUUUCAUAGUUAUCAGAUUUGUGUAAAGACUGCUUGAGGGAAGAAACGCUUGGAUUACGGGCCUUGGAAAAUGUGCUGCAGAGCCAUUUUAGUAGCCUUGAAUCACCAGGCUUCUGUUUAUUGAGGCUUCCCAUUAAGGCUAGUUUUGAGACAUCAUCUGCUGUUGAAGACACCCAGGUUUGUCUGAAUAUGCUAUAGUGGUAACUUUGGAUUUGCAGAGCUGGGCACAUGUGCAUCAAGGUGAAUAUAUACAAACUUACUCACUUGGUUUCUUUGUAUGAGUUGUUACUGCUAGAAUGGAAUAAUGCAAAAUUGCAAAAGCAGAAUUAUUGAAUGAAGUAUGGCUGUUCAAGACUCCUAAUUGUGCUUUGAUACUUGUAAAGUCUAUAGACUUAAAAAAACAAAAUAGUAGUACCAUGAUUUCACUAUUCAGAUCCAUGUUUUCAUCUGAGCAACUUCUUAAGGGUAUGGUAGAUUGAAAAAGACAAUGAUUAUUAAUUACAGAUUUCAGCCUGGACUUUCACAAGAGUUGAUGUAUGCAAUUAUAUUUCAUAUCUGUAAAUAAAUUAAAAUAUUGUAAUCAAGGGCAUUUUUUUCCAGGACACAACUGUACUAUACUACAUAAAAACUUCUUCAAUUUUAACUGAUAUACUGUAUUUAUAGUUGAUUUUUCCCUGGAAAAAUGGACUUUUGGAUUACACUUUAUUUAAAAAAACGCCUACACAUUUCAAAAAACAUUUUAAAUGCUACUAUUUUCUUGGAAAACCUUUUUUAAAGCUGAAACUUUCAAAAAACUGGAGAAACAGACCAAUUAAAGUGAGGGAUAUUUUUUAAAAAUAUCUUGAAGCUGUUUUGUAUCAGUAUUUUCAGCAUUCUUAUAAUAUUAUUUGUAAUACUAAGUGUAAAGCUGUCCCUGAGAAGGGAGUAAGCCACAUGUUAAUGUACAAUACAGCAGUAUCUGUAAAACAGGGGUCCUUUGUGUGAUCCUCUUGUAUGUAUAGUAACUCAUAAAGCAACAGCAUGUGGACAUUCUUUCAGUGAAUUGAUUCCUUUGUACAAAAUCUCUAGUUUUCUAAGACAGUUCCAUGUAUAAAAAUGGUUUAUACGUAUCUUCAAGGCUGUACAUAUCUGAAAACAUGACACCGGGGGAGAAAGGACAUUAUUUUUGCCACAGAUUUUUCUUUUCUUUUCUCUGUGUCUGUAAAACAUAAAGCUUAACUCUUGUAAAAUUUCUAUUGCAAAUUGCUUCUUGUGAGUUUGAGAUCUGUUAGUGUCUUAAAGGACAUUUUAAAGAGAAGGAAAUCCCUUAGGAAAAGCUGUUUCCAUGUGAAUCAAAUGUCCCAUUUUUUCUUCAAAAUCAUCAUUUGAAACAGGAAGCAUUAUUUCCAUGCCCUAAAUAUUUUUUUAUAAUUGAAUGGAGCCACAUCUGAAAGACUGUAUCAUCUUUGUAAUUAUUGUUACCUACCUAGGCUGUAUGCUUCCACAUUACUGUUUCAAUAAGUUAUGGUAUACUAUCUAAUUGGCACAAUGGGGCCCAAAUUUUGUUCUUUGUAGAUCAGGAAUGAAAUUCACUCCUUGGGCAG